GCCCUGGUCAUUCUGGCGUUCGUGGUGGACCGGAGCCUCCGCACGCAGGGCCACUUCUUCUUCCUCAACCUGGCCAUCGCCGACCUCCUGGUGGGCGGCUUCUGCAUCCCCCUCUACAUCCCCUACGUGCUGACGGGCGAGUGGAGACUCGGCAGGGGCUUGUGUAAGCUGUGGCUGGUGGUUGACUACCUGGUGUGCACCGCCUCCGUCUUCAACAUCGUCCUUAUCAGCUUCGACAGGUUCAUCUCUGUCACGAAAGCGGUCAGUUACAGGGCUCAGAAAGGGAUGACCAGAAAUGCAGUAUUGAAGAUGAUCACUGUAUGGAUUGCUGCUUUUCUUCUCUACGGUCCAGCCAUUCUCAGUUGGGAGCACAUUGCCCAAGAGAGCAUCCUCCCUGAAGGAGAGUGUCAUGCAGAAUUCUUCUACAACUGGUAUUUCCUAAUGAUUGCCUCUACUAUUGAAUUCUUUACACCUUUCAUCACUGUUACAUACUUUAACUUAAGUAUUUACCUCAACAUCAGGAAACGCACAUCCCUCAGAAAUGAAAACCUAUCACCUGGUCAAGAGGAUUGUGAAAUGAACCUUCCACCACUUCAGGUGGAAGUUGAGACCAAGCCUCAUAGGAAUGGUUUCUAUAAAACUGCAGAAAGCGUAUGCAACACCACCAGCAGAGCAGACAUUGCUAACACUAUGUCAAGUAGAUUUAGACUUUCCCGGGAUAAAAGAGUAGCAAAGUCUUUAGCAAUUAUUGUCUGUGUGUUUGCUUUGUGUUGGGCUCCAUACACGCUUUUGAUGAUCAUCAGAGCAGCUUGCCAUGGGCACUGUGUGCAGUAUUCACUCUAUGAGACUUCCUUUUGGCUUCUGUGGGUGAAUUCAGCCAUUAACCCUGUUCUAUACCCACUGUGUCACAUGAGCUUUAGGAAAGCCUUUAUAAAACUCUUGUGUCCAGGAAAAGCCAAAAUUCAUCCUCAUAUUUUUAUGUGA